GUUUCCGCUGACGUCAUUUGAUAGAGGUGGAGGAGUUAGUGAUCAGGCAGAGGACAGACACACAAACACACAAACACACACUGAAACACACACUCCGCCUCUCACUCGUUCAUCAGGUCAAACUAACGGGAAACGUUCGAUUCCCGGUUCUCGGUAACGGUGGUUCACCGGUUCAUCAGCGGGAGCGACGGGAAUGUUUCGCCCGAAGAAGAGAAGCUGUGCUGGGUGUUUAGCAUGAGAAGACUGGAAGAUCACUACUUAUACUACUACUACCACUACUACAAGUACUACCACGACUACUGCAAGUACUACAGUAGUACCGCAUACGACGGGAAGAGGCCGGUGGGGGGGGCCGCUGCCGCCCGGUGACAUCAGUUCGUCCCGGCAGAGGAAGCAGGAGACGGGGGAGAAGAUGAGAGGGAGAGGGGGGCUGCUGGAGGUCUGUCUGCUGCUGCUGCUGCUAGGAGAGAGUACAGAAUCUCCGCAGACCCAACACCUCGUCUCCUAUCAGCUGACGGUCCCUCGACCAAUAGGAGGCAGGCUGAGGCGGGAUGUGGACGGAAGACUGCCCAGUCAGGUGUUGUACAUCAUCAGUGUGGAUGGAAACGAUCAUGUGGUUCAUCUGGAGAGAAACGAACUGCUGCUUCCUGCAGACUUCACUGUGUUCUCCUACAGUCAGAAUGGAUCAGUGAUCACCACCAGACCACCUGUACAGAACCACUGUCACUACCGGGGCUUCGUUCAGAACAUGGAGGGUUCAUCUGUCGCUAUGAGCAUCUGCAACGGCCUCAGAGGAGUGUUACAUCUCACAGGCGACAGUUAUGGUAUUGAGCCCUUAGACUCCGCCCCUGAACAGCACCUGGUGUACCGCCUGCAGGAUGUGACAUCACAGCCCCAUGGUUGUGGAACGCCACACAAGGAUCACGCCGACAGCAACGCCACAGACCAUGCUCAACACGAACCAGAGGAAAUCCACCACGGACAACACAGCAGAGUGAAGCGAGCUGUUCUUCAUCAGACUCACUAUGUGGAGCUGCUGCUGGUGGUCGACAACGACAGGUACAACUUUAUGAACAAAAAUGACACAGCAGUGAGGGAGGAGAUGAUUCAUCUGGCCAACUACAUAGACAGUAUCUACAUGCAGCUGAACGUCCGAGUGGUCCUGGUUGGUCUGGAGAUCUGGUCGCAGCAGAACCUAAUCAGCACUGAAGGGGGCGCUGGAGAAGUUCUGGGUCGCUUCACCCAGUGGAGAGAGAGAGAGCUGGUUUCUCGCAGACGCCACGACUCGGCACAACUCAUCCUGAAGCGGACUUUUGGAGGAACAGCUGGGAUGGCGUUCGUGUCCACCGUCUGCUCCAGAAGUCACGGAGGCGGGAUCAACGCGUUCACCAAUACCAACCUUCCCUCGUUCGCCUCCAUCGUGGCUCAUGAGCUCGGUCACAACCUCGGGAUGAACCAUGACGACGGGCGCUCCUGCACCUGCCCAGGGAACGCCUGCAUCAUGAACUCUGGAGCCACAGGAUCCAGAAACUUCAGCAGCUGCAGUGCAGAUGAUUUUGAGAAGAUGAUCUUGUUGACGGGGGGGACGUGUCUCCUGAACGUCCCGCGGCCUGACGAGGCCUACAGCGCCCCCUACUGUGGGAACAGACUAGUGGACGUGGGAGAGGAGUGUGACUGUGGAUCCCAGAAGGAGUGUGAGGAGGACCCCUGCUGUGAGUAUCAGACAUGUAGGCUGAAGUCUGGAGCUCAGUGUGCUUAUGGAGAAUGCUGCUCUAACUGUCAGUACCUACCGGGAGGAACAGUGUGUCGUUCCAGCACAGAUGAGUGUGAUCUCCCAGAGUUCUGUAACGGCUCCUCGUUGUUCUGUCAGAGUGACGUCUUCGUCCAGAACGGACAGGCCUGCAGGAACCAGCAGGCCUAUUGUUACAAUGGGAAGUGUCAACACUAUGAUGGACAGUGUCAGGCCAUAUUCGGAUCCAAGGCGAAGGCUGCUCCAGAAAUCUGUUUUAAAAACGUCAACAGUAAAGGCGACCGCUUUGGAAACUGUGGCUACCACAACUACGGUUACAAGAAGUGUGAGAGCAGAAACGCUCUAUGUGGGAAGCUGCAGUGCUCCAACGUUCAGACGGUGACGGUGUUUGGCAUCGAACCAUCGAUCAUCAGCACGCCGAUCGGCGGCGCCAAGUGUUAUGGAGUGGACUUCAUGCUGGGAUCAGACGUCCCUGAUCCCGGGAUGGUGAGCGAAGGAACCAAGUGUGGAGACGACAAGGUGUGUAUGAACUUCGAAUGUCGAAGCGCCGACGUCAUGAACUUCGACUGUGACGUGGGGAAAAAAUGUCACGGACAGGGGGUGUGUAACAGUAACAAGAACUGUCACUGCGAGGACGGCUGGGCUCCUCCCUUCUGUGAGGUCAAAGGUUACGGAGGCAGCGUGGACAGUGGACCCACAUGGAACGAUAAAGACACGUCCCUCAGAGACGGCCUGCUCGUCUUCUUCUUCCUUGUCCUCCCUCUGCUCGCUCUGGGUGCGUUUGUUUUCAUGCGCAAGAACGAGCUGCUGCAACGACUCGGGCUGAGCCGCAGGAAAAGGUCGCAGGGAUACCGACCCGACGGUGCAGCUACAGACAAUCCCAUCAGGGGACCUCCGCCCAGAGCGCAGCCUCCAUCUGUUGCCCGGGGCAACGCCAGCAACAUCGUCAAAGAGGGGCACCACGCUCAGCUCCUGCCCCCACAGGAGGCGUUGGAGAACAGCAGGACGGCUCCAUCUUACGCUCUGAGGCCUCCUCCUCCUCCUCUAAAACCAAAACCUUCUGCUGCAUCACAGCCUCUGGUGCCUCAAAGACCCGCCCCUGCUCCACCUGUUUAACCAAUCAAGGGGCCCGGACCACCUGGAUGGCGCCUGUCUUCUUCUUUUUCUUCAACCCCUGUCCCUGUCCUUUUCGGAGCUGGUUACCUAGCAACAGCCAGGAAAUGAUUUUGUAGCUAAGACAGCAGCUGACGGCCGGACUAGGAAAUGGCUGAUCAGGAAACUGGACCCAGUCAGACUGGACAAACAGGAAGCAGCUACUGCCCCCUACAGUCUUUCUUUGGCCUCUUUCUUUCUUUGAAGUUUAAAAACUGCUUCAGGUGAAACAUCAUCUGUAAAAAUCCAUCCAAUCACAUUUCCCGAACCGUCACAAUUAAUAAUCCACUGAUCACACAGCUUCUGUCUGGAAGCAAGCUAGCUAACUAGCUGUUAGCUCAAAUAGCUGUUCAAAACAUUUUAAUGUUUCCAACAUAUCGCUUCAAAUUGAGAAACAUUUAAAAAUAUAUUAUGUAGCUAAAUACAUGAUAUCAUGCUACCACAUGCUAACAUGUAGCUAAAUACAUGAUAUCAUGCUACCACAUGCUAACAUGUAGCUAAAUACAUGAUAUCAUGCUACCACAUGCUAAGUAAUGAUUCAAAAAGCUGAAGGGUGAGCUGCCUCACUCUGAAGACAGAUUGGUGCUGUCACCUCCCCUCUGCUCAGCACUGUCAUAGGAAUGUAACACACCCCUGCUGCUGUGGUGCAGGUGCACUUGGUCUCCACCACUCAGCUCCACCCGGCGCUCUCAGAUCACGGUAUGCAACAGUGUCCGAGCUCUACUCCUCUGGGUUUCAGUCCCUCUCCUUCAGAUCUGGAUGUGGAUCUGGAUCUGGACCUAGAUGUGGAUCUGGAUCUGGACCUAUGUGCUUGUUAAGUCACAAAGGAAAUGUACACACUGAAGCACUGUUGAACUGAUCUCUGGGAUGUUCUGGAUCAUCUGACAUCGCUCAGAUGAUCUGUCGCUGUUUCCUACAGGAAACCUGACAUGUGAGCGACUGGUUCACUUUCAGAUCAUUAUAUCGUUGUCAUCUUGGUUAAUCAGGCGGGAGUAACCGACCAAUCAGGAACCUUGUCACUGAAAGGGAAUGGAAUUAGAAUUUAUUUUAUCUGAAACAGUUUUGAGACAAUUUCAGAUGAAAGACGUCACUGAUAAUUUUACUCCUUUAUUUAAUGGAUAUAUGUAUUCUGUCCAAUAUAAUGGACCAAAUAUUCCAGUAACAUUUGUAGGGGUCCUAACCCCCCCCGUAAAUUACAACCUAGGACAUGGUUAUUUUAGGGAUUUUCUAAAUUUAGUAUUCAACUUUUCUGUUUGGUUUGGAUCCAUGUUCAAAGAACAUGUGCCAUACUGGAUCUCAGAUUUGAAUGAUGUUCACACAUGAAUUUUCAGGUAGAGUUGAUUGAGGAUUCAGUUUGAUGCUGGAACAUCCCAGAGUGAAGAGGUCUGACCGUGUUGACGUGUCUUUAAGGUGGAAAUGAUGCCUCAACUCAUAAAAGUCCUGGAAACGUGUGGACUUCCUGUCUCUGCCGCCUUAACACGGAGGUCUGGACUGAUCCUUUAGUUUCUCUGUUGUUGUGAAUGCACAGCGGCCUCCAUCACAGUCCCUCAACUUCCUCCUGCUCUGACACUGUCACUCUAACCAGGGAUCUUUACGCCACAGGAAACGAACUUCCUGUGACUCUGAGUGUCGUCACUUUGCAAUGAAUGAACCUGUCUGCACUGUGUCGUGAGGAUAUUUUGAUCUGCUUUAGUAUGUUUUUGAUUUGCACAGACACAAGGAGCUGACGCAGGAUUAAGUCAGUUACUCACAGGGCUAAUUUUGUGUUUGAUUGUUUUGUUGCUAAAGUUUCCUCCUGAAGUCGAUUCCUGAGAAAGAGAGAAACCUGUGGAGAACAGAGUGAAGUUAUUUAGAGACAUGAGAGCAGCUGAAGUCAAAGUUCAAGACAGCCUCAGGUUACAGAUGGUAAACAGAUUCAGCUGCUGCUUCUCAGUUUAAAUAUAACAAAGCUCGUGCAGAUUCAAACCAAGAGACUGUUUCCUCCUGCUCAACACACACUCACAUCUUCACAACAAAUCAAACCCCAGUUUUAACACGGUUUGAAGGUUUCAACAACACUUUCUUGUUCAUUGGAAUCUUCCAAUGAAUUUAGUCAUCACUUUAUUAUUUUUAAUGUUGUCAGAGGUUGACAUGUGAAUGAGGCUCAGAAUAUCUGUGUCGAAGUGUAUUUAUGUUUUUAACUAAAAAACAUAACGACGUUCUGAAGACCCAACGAGAGACGGACGAACUCGCUGCUGGUUUGAGUCUGUACAUGUUGAGUUUCUCUAGAAUAUAAAAUCCAUACUGAGAGUUAAUGAGAGAAUGAGACUGAAAGAUCGAUUGUGCAACAACUCAUCCACCGACGGUUCUGCUCUGUAGGUAGUUUACAGUUAGCCGCCUGCAUCAUUAAAGUGAUUAUGUAUCAAUCAUUUUCAUCAAACAAUAUGAUAUAACAUUCUGACAUCUGCAUAAUCAGUUAUUUACUUUUGGUACUUUAAGUAUAUUUUGACCUUGAUACUUUUAUAAUUUUACUCAAGUAAGUAUUUCUACACUGUGGUAAAGUAACUUCUACUUCACAUGUGAGGCCUGCGAGGUAGGGUUAGGGUAACUCAAGGCAAACAGGUGAAGUUCAGUUGUGUUUGUGUUGAAUGUGUGUGAGCUGAACUACAGCAGGUGAAUGACAACAGUAUGACUCUGAUAUUGCCAUGGCAACGCCUAGAAUCUCAUCGCUGUUUCUACGAUCAGUGAUUUUUUUACAUUUUUGUGCAGUGUUUGCUUUAGUCACUGAUCUCAGACAUGUUGGCUGCUCCUCUUUGGAGGUUUCUGUCAUGUACAUGGACAGUUUCAUGUUACUAUGGUAACAGGCAUGGAGCAGGUCUGCGGUCAUGCCAAAAGUCGUGCUGCGUUCACGUGCUGUUUGCUGUGAACGUUCAGCCUCUUCCUGCAGCUUCCUGUGAUGAUGUAAUAAAGUUUAUUCAAACAGAAUGUAGUUUUUUUGUAAAGAUGAAGCACGUUCAGAUUCACACUGUACGGUGAUCUCAGAGAACUUGUGUGUGAUGUGAUUAAACACAAAUUCACUUCAUGAAAUAUUAAAGACCUUAAACAAUC